UAUUGAACUUGAAGUUGACCCUGCCUCGUAAACCACUGUGUCUCAGGGCGAGUACGCGGGGGCCGAGCCACUCUUUGAACGGUCCCAGUCCGUACGAGAGAAUGUACUAGAUACGGAGCAUGUUAAUGUGGCCACGACGCUCAACGAUCGGGCGGUGUUGUGUCAUUGCCAGAACAAUUUUACGAGCGGUCAGAAGCCGUUCGAGACAAGGCCCUGGAUCCGGACCACCCCGAUGUGGCCCGAUUGCUCAACGACCGGGCGUUGUUGUUGGACAAGAUGGAGCAGUAUACGGACGCAGUUCCACUAUUGGAGAGGGCCCUCUCAAUCCGUAUGAAAAAGCUUGGGGAAAACCACCCAGACACGGUCAGCACUCAGAACAGCCUGGACGUUGUGCGAAGGAAGGGGUGAAACGAGAUGGAAGAAGCUGCCUGCCGUAUAUUGGUCACUGCCAACGCCAUGAUCAAGGCAGGGCGAAGCUGCGGCAGGCAAGGUUCAACCGACCAAUCGCCGGAGUGUGGUGGCCGACCUGGCCGACCUCUGCCGUAUGCGUAACGCGUGAUGGCAUCAGUUUGCUAUGAAAAGCUGCAGAGGGAGGCUUAGUAGCUCAACAUACGGGCCUUUUCAUUGUACCAUACUAUGGAUCAGACCGCGGUUGGAAGAUCGCUACAAUACACUUGUAUAAGACUGACAGAUUUGCAAGGCAUCAUUAGGUCUGUGUGAUCUAUGCAUCGGAACUGUCUGUCACGACUGAAUGUGUGUGGUACACGUAUGCUCGUUGGGAAGACGAUGGGAUCGGAGAUGAUUUCCUGUGGACCAAGGAUAGUAAAGCCAUGGGGUUUAAUACGCAACAUGGUUCUGAUGUCGAUAGAAGUUGUGCGUAAGUGUAGUCCCGAAUGUCCGCGAACAGGAAACUGCGCGCGCCACUAUUAUUACAGUACGGGCCGGGAGAUAAGAAACGUCAAAAUCGGGUCGAGCCUCAAUCCCUUAUAUUGGGUCGAAGGACCACCCGACGUCGUCCAUUUUCUUAGAAGGCAUCUCUUAUUCGUUUGGACUGCCGCAUCCUCCUGAUUUUCGUAUUUCUUAUUUUCUUUGUUCUGGCUGAGAACACAACAACACACCAAACAUUCAUGCAGCAUUAACCAUAAAGCUCGGUGUGGCAAACAUUGGAGUGCGUCGCC